AUGAACACCUUCAGAAAAGCUCGUGCCUCCUUGAGGGCUCAAGCGUUGAGAAAAUUGGCUCUAACGGCUUCUUCCAAUUCGGAUGUGGAUUCGAUCACCAAAUUGGUUUCAACGCUUCCUGUGGCUUACGCCGCGCAAUCUUCAAAGCUGUAUACAAUUCCCUUAACUUUAAAUGAGCUGGAGAUUAUUCUUGGCCUUUGUCAUAUCAGGACUACCGAAGUAUCUCAGGUAGUGGGCGUCUUAGAAAAGUGCAUUGCACCGUAUUGCAUGGAAGUAUCCAGACAGAAGUACACCGAAUAUGUGAUCAGUAAGUAUCGAGAAUCUGGCUUAAAGUAUCCGGGUGAGGUACUCACUUUUGAGAUGGUAAGGUUUUUGAUUCGCGUUCACACAUCGAUUCCGAAGUUGCAAGAAAGAGUUGAAUUCUUGUUGAACCGGUACUUGAACCAAGUCUCCGAUGAAACGUCUCUUACUUCGAUCUUAUCACUGGUUGGAUUCCUUGAAGCCUUCAAUCAUGAGCAAAACCUUCGAUUACUGAAAUCGACAUUGACUCAAUUGCACACCCGCGUGACACCGGAGUUCUUAUGCGCAUUGGAACGAGCAGUACACAGCUCUGCGGCAAGUGAUGUCUUGAUUGAAUAUUUUGAUAGUGGUAGAGAAGUUUGUGCGAUCUUGAUCCUGAAACUCAUACAACAGCUGCAAGUUAGCUAUGUCCUCAAUUUGAUAGACGUUCCAAAGGACAAAUCGCUUUUCGAUCUUCUUCUGAGGGCAAAAGCGACUUCAGUUAAAGAACAGGAGAGUUCGCAUUCGGAUGAAGUGGAAGACAAGCUUGUGGAACAAUUGACGUUUGUGCACAAAAUGUGUGAUUACUCGUUCCAACAAAUGAAUGCACUCGAGGAUGGUGCCAACUACGUCCAAUUUUCGAGUCAAAACAGGGUCAAUCUCGCUUUUGAUGCGAAAUCUUCAAUGUUAGAGAUCCUCAGUUUAACACCUUUCAUUGGAUAUCGAACAGACGAGUUUGUCGAUAUAGUUAAGGACAACGUCGCCGAUACUAUAGAGGAAGGAUUUGUUUCUAACAAAUUGUUAGUCUCUGCAAUCAUAGCUUCGGCAUCCAUUCUGAACUAUUUCUCCGACGAAGUCUCUGCGGAACUACUACGUCUGUUCCCCAUUCUCGUCUCUUCUGAACUUGCUUCAAAAGACCUGGUGAAAUCCACGUCUGCUCAGUUCGGUUUAGGUCUCCUGCCCUUGAAAGAAGAUGCCGUGGUGAGUGCGAUUUACUCCAUCAAUAACCUUUUGGCUUUUGCGCAGGAUGGUUCCCCAAUUCCUGUCAUCAAAGAGCAUAGAGCACAUACUUUGAACGGCGCCGAUGGUCAACUCGACAAGCUUUUUUCAACAAGAACCCAUAGAACAAACACUAUCGGAACAUUACAAUCGCUUGUGAAGUUCAAAAAAUUCGAAGCAGACAAGACUAGCUCAAGUGUCGCCAAUCAGGAUGCCGUAACUAAUCAAACUUCUGAAACAAGUACAGAGUACUAUCAUAAAAUGCUCUUUGAGAACGUAGUCAUAGCAACGACUACAAUCGCUUCAAAUUAUGAUGACCAAUCUAUAAUGGCCCUGUCGAUUACUAUUCUGAAGCAAAAGUAUCGUUCCGUUUCUGAGAAACUUGAUCAUAUCAUAAUGAAGGGCCUUGCACAUAUGUCACUUUUUGUUGGACAGUCCGAGUUUUCAUUGCUUAUGAAAUUCUUUAAAACUGUUAUGAACAGUGCUCUCGAGAAGAAAGAUUCACUUCUUCUGGAAAGUGUGACACGCGCCUUGUGUCUCAUUUCAAAGAAAUUGUUAAAAACUCAAGCUGAAAGCACAUUAUACAAGAUUUACCUUCAAGAUUUAUUGGAAUCUGUGAUUUCGCGCGGCGACGUUGAUCGCUUAGAACAUCAUAGAUCCCACGUUGAAAUUUCAAAAGUUGCAGAUCAGAUUGCAGCGUAUAUCAAACCGUUGUCAAUGGUCCUUCCAACGCCGGAUUCGCCUCCUUUAGAUUUGGCGCUGGAUGAAACCACAACUAAUAUGAUGAGGAACUUCUGGUUUAACAUAGUGAUUCAUGGUUUUCAUCAAAAAUCGCCUUUGGCAACUAACCAUUACGAACAUCUCAAGCGCAUCGCAUAUAACUCUCCUCCCUUGGCCUCAGAUUUUCCGUUUAUCAACAGGGAAACUUCACUUGAGAUGAACACAAUUUUGAGGCGAGGUUCCUCCAACCAUAACUUAAGAGAUCAGAAGGCAAUUUUGUCGAGUCAGCUUUCCUUGAGUGCAGUAUCUGCGCGGACGCUUUCUACACCAAAAGUCAUGUUUUUGGCGGCCACAAUAUUCAUGGAAAGCUUGAGGUGCGAGGCAGGCGAUUGCUCGAAGAUUUUACUCUACUUGUCUGAUCCUACCAUAUCAGACAGCGGUAUUGAAAAAUUUAUCGGUACAAUUAGCGUAUCCAUGAUUCACAAAUACGCCAAACUAAUCAUUCAGGGAGAUCCUAAAAUAUUCUCCGCCGAAAUGGUUGCCCAGCGCUUGACGAGUAUUCUUCUACUUCUCAUUCAUCGAGAGUUGAUUUUACAAGAUGCCGCUUUUCAGUGUUGCGACGCUUUCAUUGCAGAAAUUCCCUCCAGUCUCUGUCACCACAGCUCACUGUACACUUUAUUGGAUUUGUUGUCAAUGCUUUUCGAAAGCGUCGUGCAGCUAGAAACCAGAAAAUUUGAGCCACAGUUCGAGUUUGUUUUAAAACACUCGAAAAGAAGAGUACUUCUUCCUGAUUCUUAUCAGUGGAGAUGUGCAACACUAGAGCGCCUUCAAAAGUUCUCGAAAAAAUGGGUUCGAUCAAUUUUGAAUAUAGCGAAUCAGGAUUGCAAAAUUUUGCUUCAAUCUUAUAUUUCUGAACUCAGCGCUUUUCAGCGGUUGGACAAAGUUGAGUUCGGUGUUUCAUUCGCACUUGAACUGGCAGGCACCAUACUUCCUGUGGAUCGAGAAUUAUCGACCAUGCCGAAACAUGGAUAUGGACAACCCAACACGAUUUCUGGUUUUCUCUCGCAGCACGCUUGGAGAUCUAGAUUUUUAAUUGAGAGAAACUUCAUUACAUCUCCAGAGUCUGUACAGAAGGAUUGCCUGGCCCUAAAAGGAGAGAUAGAGGACAACCUGGCCAACAGGCAGGAUGUGAGCGAUAAAAUUGUGGCCCACUAUCUUGACUUGGUGGCUACGCUUUUGAUAUCCGGAAAAGGGGAAUCUGCCUCUUUGGUUUACGAUAUCGUGAAUGUUCCCUUCAGUAUUUUUACGUCGGGUGUUAUGAAGGUCGCUAUCAAUGUCUGGCUAUCGGUUAUAAAGGAGCGAAACGAUGUUUCAUAUCUCCUUCUGUCUGAAAUCGGGCGCAGCUGGAUGGGCUCUAUUGACAAGGGUGUGGGCCUCUUUUCACGGGAUCAUGACCUCAUUAAAGAGGAAUUCAGUUACAUGGAGUAUGCUCCAUAUGAUAAGAAGCAAAUUAACAGGGCCGCUCAUGAGGCAAGUAAAGCGAUACAGCCUCACACUCAGAUCAUCAAAUUUUUCACCUCCCACUUUGAAGCUACGAUGUUUGUGAGCUUGCAUCUGCUACAGAUAUUCACGAAGCUAUGCUUGUACGGUUUGAAAAGCCUUGACCGCGCCAGUCUACAUCCAUUUGCUAGAACUGGUCGAACGGAAUUACUGAACUUUGCCUUGCUUAUUUUCUCUGCCAAUUUGAAAUAUCACACCAGCUAUGCGACCCCCGUAGCGCAUGCUUUGGUUGAGGGCGCUCUAAAAUGGUUUGAAAGACCGCUAAUGUGGCCGUUCGGAUCAAAUGAACUUAAAAUCAGAGCGGACCUGUCUCUUCUCAUUGAUUUAUACAAGGGUCUAAGCAGAAAACAACAUUUGAGAAGCAUAUGCCGAUACGAGCUUCCACUCCUGGAAUAUCUUCUUCUUAGUGAAAUCACGCAUAUUGAAACUUGGUUAAAUCCGUUGGCGCGACCACUUGAAAAACACAAAAUUUCCAUUGAGUUAAUAGUCACAGCUUUCAAAAAAUGUCCAUCAUUGGCUGUCAACUUGAUAGACAGAUACCCUUCCAAGCUGUCCGAAGAAAAGCUUAGAAGUCUAGUGAGAAAUGAUCCAAUCCGCUGCGUAACGUCAGAAGCGCUUCUAAUGCAUCUUCUUGAAACAGAUGGAGACUUACAUUUUGUCCUUUAUUGGCGACCAGUUAGCCCUCUCAAGUCCAUUAAUUUAUUCUUGCCAAAGUGGGCAAACAAUCCUUUUAUCGCACAGUUCAAUGUAAGUGCCUUAGAAUCGCACGACGUCAAUCUGACAUUUUUUUACGUUCCCCAAAUCGUUCAGUGUUUGAGAUUUGAUCCCUUGGGCUAUGUCGAGCGAUUUAUUAUCGAUACUGCCAAGAUCAGCGUAUUGUUCUCGCAUCAAAUCAUUUGGAAUAUGCUGGCCAACAGUUUUAAAGACGACGAAGGCGAGAUUCCCGACGAUUUGAAGCCUACUUUAGACCGCAUUCGGGAUAAGAUGAUAUCAACAUUCACAAGUCAGCAGAAAGACUUUUUCAACAGAGAGUUUGAUUUCUUCAAUGAAGUGACAGGGAUCUCUGGAAAAUUGAAGCCUUUCAUAAAGAAAUCGAAAGCCGAGAAGAAACUUAAAAUAGACGAGGAAAUGCAAAAAAUUGCAAUUCGUAAGGAUGUUUACCUUCCCUCGUAUCCUGAAGCGGUUGUAGUCGACAUAGAUCGCCAUAGCGGUAAGCCACUACAAAGUCAUGCCAAGGCGCCUUUCAUGGCUACCUUCAAAAUAAAGCAGACGCGCAAAAAUGUUGAAACCCAUAAGAAGGAAACAAUCGAGAAAUGGCAGGCUGCCAUCUUCAAAGUUGGUGAUGAUUGUAGGCAAGACGUAUUGGCUUUACAGCUCAUCUCGGUUUUUAGAGCGGUGUGGUCUGGUAUCGGCUUGGAUAUCUUUGUUUUUCCAUACAGAGUGACAGCCACGGCACCUGGAUGCGGUGUUAUCGACGUCUUACCAAACUCGAUAUCUCGAGACAUGUUGGGGAGAGAAGCCGUGAACGGCCUUUACGAGUACUUCGUAACCAAAUUUGGUCAUGAAAAUACGAUAGAGUUUCAAAACGCAAGAAACAAUUUUGUGAAGUCACUCGCAGGUUACUCAGUAAUUUCAUACCUUCUUCAGUUUAAGGACAGGCACAACGGAAAUAUCAUGUACGAUGAUCAAGGAAAUUGUUUGCAUGUCGACUUUGGCUUUAUCUUCGACAUUGUGCCUGGUGGUGUCAAGUUCGAAGCCGUGCCAUUCAAGCUCACCAAGGAAAUGGUUCGCGUCAUGGGCGGCUCGCCGGACACGCCGGCCUUCCGCGACUUCCAAGAAAUCUGUGUUAAGGCCUACCUGGCUGCCCGUCCACACAUGGAUCUGAUAAUUGAAUGUGUUAAGCCAAUGUUGAGCAGCGGUUUGCCGUGCUUCAAGGGCCAUAAGACAAUCAAAAACUUAGAGGCACGUUUCGUACCUCAGAAAUCUGAUCACCAAGCUGCCGAGCACAUGAUGGGCUUGAUCAAAAGGUCCUACGAAAGCAUUUUCACCAAAGGUUACGAUGAGUUUCAGAGACUAACUAACGGAAUUCCUUAUUAG